AUGGUUAACGCUUUAUUUGUAUUUAAUUUUAUUUUUUUUCAUAGAAUAUCAUCGGUGGUGGCAAGUUUAGCUGCACCACCUCCGAGGGCAGCAGAUCCCAAUGGUAACAACGACUCCGGCUAUGCGGCAAGUCAAGUUGAUAACGUGGUGGUGAAGAGUCCCAAAAGGAACAGGAGUCAAGUUAAGAAGAAUGGAGCCACGAUUGACACGGAGCUUAGGACUGUGGUGACCACGAUUUCGAAUCCAGCUAAUGACAAUGGCUCUAUGGGAUCGAAGAAAGAGAGGAAGGCGACUGCUGCACCCCGAUUCACUAUAUACAAGGUGAACAAAGCGAGCAAGAAGAAACGCGAAAAGUCUUCGGCCAAGAAGGAGAGGAAAGCCACUAAGACCCUGGCCAUAGUUUUAGGCGUUUUCCUGAUUUGCUGGGUGCCCUUUUUCACAUGCAACAUAAUGGACGCAAUAUGCAGUAAAUUGGGACUGUCCUGCCAACCCGGUGUUGCAGCGUUCCUGCUCACAACGUGGCUGGGAUACAUGAACAGCUUCGUGAAUCCCGUCAUCUACACAAUAUUCAAUCCGGAAUUUCGCAAAGCGUUCAAGAAGUUAAUGCAUCUCGGGCCUUGAAAUAACCAAAUCCACUCCGACUCUCUCCCACUCUCGGAUCUGAUCUGUUUCCGCUUUUAUAAAUUUCCAUUUAUAUACAAACAUCUUUGCUCAAUGUACAUAUACAUAUAUAAGAGUUCUGUUUUAUCCUUCAGGAUGUAAACUUUAGCGUCCGUUCUUCGUUUUAUU